GUCUUUUAAGACAAUCCUGCUCCCAUGGCCGCCAAAGAACUGAAACAAUUUACUCUGGAGGAGGUUGCUGAGCAUAACAAACCAGAUGACUUGUGGGUGGUCAUCGACGCAAAGGUAUAUAAUCUGUCCCGGUUUAAGGACUUGCAUCCCGGAGGGAUUUCCGUCUUGACGGAUGGGGAAAUUGCUGGUCAGGAUGCUACAGAAGCAUUCUACGGGUUGCAUCGUCAUGAAGUUUUGGAGCGACCUCAAUACCAACGCCUUCAGAUUGGUACUAUUCAAGGCGAACAACCUGCCAUAUACAGCCGAAUUGUCGGAGAAAUCAGUGAUGUCCCAUACGCAGAGCCUACCUGGCUGUCACAAGGGUACCACAGUCCUUACUACACCGAGAACCACAGGAAAUUCCAACAGGCCAUGCGUCGCUUUGUUGACGAGUUCAUUUAUGAGGAUGCACAGGCCCGCGAAGAGGAUGGCAAGCGACCCAGUCAAAGCGUAAUUGACAACAUGGCUGCAGUGAACUUGCACGCAAUGCGUAUGGGUCCAGGAAAGCACCUUCAAGGGUUAUCAUUAAUGGAUGGUCUCGUGAAACCUGAGGAGUUUAACUAUUUCCACGAGCUCAUUAUUACUCAAGAAAUUGCACGAUGUGGUGCACGAGGAUACGGAGAUGGUUUAAUGGGAGGGAAGGUAAUUGGACUGCCACCGGUCCUCAAUUUUGGCUCGGAAGCACUGAAGGCUCGCGUUGUGCCUGAAGUCUUCGCCGGCAAGAAGUUCAUUUGCCUCGCCAUUUCGGAGGCCCAGGCUGGGAGUGACGUUAUGGGUUUACAAACAACUGCUGUCAAGAGCGAGGAUGGCAAGGAAUGGAUUGUAAAUGGAACCAAGAAAUGGAUCACCAAUGCUACUUUCGCAGACUACUUCACCAUAGGCUGUAAGACUGAGGAUGGUCUCACUGUUAUUCUUGUCGAGCGUGGACCUGGCGUAGAAACGCGGCAAAUCAAAACAAGCUAUUCGACAACGGCAGGCACAGCCUACAUCACCUUCGACAACGUUCGUGUCCCUGUUGAGAACACCCUUGGUGAGGAAGGCAGAGGAAUUUUCGUCAUUUUGAGCAAUUUCAACCACGAACGGUGGGUCAUGUGUUGUAGUUCCGCUCGCAGCCAGCGCAGUAUUGUUGAAGAGUGUCUGAAAUGGGCGACUCAACGGAAGGCUUUUGGGAAGCCCUUGAUAUCACAAGCUGUAAUUCGCUCCAAGCUUGCCGCAAUGAUAGCACGGACGGAGAGUGUACAGAGUUGGCUGGAAAACAUCACGUACCAGAUGUGCCAUAUGACAUACAAACAACAAUCUCAGAAGCUCGCCGGUCAAAUCGCCUUUUUGAAGAGCUAUAGCACGCGGUGUGCACAGGAAACUGCAAAAGAUGCUGUUCAGAUAUUUGGUGGCCGUGGUAUCACACGGACAGGUAUGGGAAGGUUUAUCGAACAUUACCAUCGCACUGUGACUUUCGAUGCAUUGCUGGGAGGUGCGGAGGACGUCCUUUCUGAUCUUGGUGUUCGACAAGCGAUGAGGGCCAUGCCCAAGAAUGCCCGGCUUUGAUAAUUAGAGAGCUCUGUUGUAUUGUACUUUACUUACGGAUACUGUAUUUUUGCUAUAUUUUGCAUAACUAAUGGUUAUGGGUCA